AUUAAUAUGCCAAAUAAUUACACAUACUUUUAUCUUGAAUAUCCAUUGCAGUUUUAAGUAGUUGACUGUUAGAUAUGUAUGCAUGUGUGAGUGCGCGCCGCUGUGUUUGUAACCUGUUCUGUAAUGCAUUAUAAUAAAUCAGUGUUAAACUGGCUCGCUUGUUUGAUGGUCGUGCACCCUCCCGUAGCACCCCCUUGCGCAGAUCCAACACGUGGCGACGUUCGGACUCACGUUUAAAAAAUAAUUAUGGCCACGGGAGCAACGUUUGGCGUUCUUUCGACAUUUGAUCACAUUUCGCAGGACUGGAUCAGCUACAAAUCUCGGCUAAGUCAAUGGUUUAUUGCCAACGAGAUACAUGAGCGGACCGACAAGUCCGCGGUCAAGCGAAGAGCGAUUUUGUUAAGUGCAUUAAGUGAAUCAUCGUUUAAGUUAGCUAGUGACCUGGCAUUGCCCAAUAAAGUGGAGGAAUUGGAGUACGCAAAAAUAAUUAAAAUCCUCGAUGACCACUUUACUCCAAAGCGACUCGGCUUCGCGGAGAAAUCUACCUUUUAUUCGGCAACGCAACGGCCAGGUGAAAGUCACACUCAAUGGGCAGCCAGGAUUAGAGGGUUGGCGGCACAUUGCGGGUUUAAGAAUUUGGAAGAAGCUUUGCUAGAUAAAUUUAUCAUGGGCAUGGCGGCGGGACACGAAAAGGAUAAGCUGUUCGCACAGAAUCAACAGGAGCUGACCUUGGCCAAGGCUAUCGACUUGGCAGAGAGCGUACGGUGCGCGCGCCGCGCCACCGCCGCGCAGGCUCCGGGGGCGAGCGCAGCGGGCAACUCGCAGUGGGAUCCCGACGUCGUGCCGGACAUACCGUCGUCGACGUCUGAAGCCGUCGCGCCCGCGACUACGAGUCCUUGCGCUGCAACGCCUGCUGCUGGCGAGCAGCCACCAUCACAGCCCGAAGAGGGAGAGAGACUGGAUGUAACUGCCAGACCACUAGACCAAGACCCGGCCCAGACCGGAGGUCCGACGACACCAACUGUCGACUACGUCGCUAGGCGACGAUAUGCAUCAGCCCUCAGUUCACCACUCCUCCCCAAGUGCAGGACUCUAAUUAUGAUACCGAGUAAUUAGCUUUAGGUUAAGGUCAUUGUAAUUGUACUAAGGUAUAUUUCUAGCUAUAAGAGGGAGGGAUGUUAGAUAUGUAUGCAUGUGUGAGUGCGCGCCGCUGUGUUUGUAACCUGUUCUGUAAUGCAUUAUAAUAAAUCAGUGUUAAACUGGCUCGCUUGUUUGAUGGUCGUGCACCCUUCCGUAGCACC